AGCAACAGGAAAACCGCUAAGAGAACACAUUCCAGAGAGCAGGCUCCGUACGGGACAAUGAGGGGUGGGACAAAAAAGUGUAUACUAUUCAAAAGUCUCCAAUCUGGCGUUUUAAUCUUGAACACAGGCGACUAAAGUAUUUUUUACCCCACGUAAAAGGAGCCGCGGCGGGGACGCCACCCGCGGAGCCGACCGAGCGGAAGAAGGAGUCUGCUUGGAAACCACGACGAUGUUCGAGCUGUCGCUUUUUAUCAGGACAGAUUUGCACCGAGAUCAGAUAGACUAGUCUGCUGCUUAUCGUCCUGCCGGGACCCCGGCUGACGGACCCGUUUCAUUUUUACCCCACGUGUUUUUUUUUCUCUCUCUCUCUCUUUUUGUUCAAAACUUUCUUCCUUGCGUGUUGUUGUCUGUUUGCUGUAUUUUUUUUAUUUUUUUUUUAAACCCCAAUAGGAAAACUCCGGAUGAAGUUUUUUCACAUGCAAAAAAAAAGCGGGUUGUCGUCAUCAUCAAGGCAGGAGAGGAUAUGAUAUCUGUGCGGAUGAAACAUCUGCACAAAGCGCUCUUGUAACAGCUGGAUUUUACAGGCGAGUGUCGCGUCUCGGCUCCGGGCCGCGGGGACACUUGAAGCUUCAUCUGAUAUGGGAAACGUGUCGCUCUUGCAUCUGUCAGUGUAAGAGGCAAGCAGAAAACAGAGAUGGGAACCUCUGCUCUGCUUACAGUGGUGCUAGCCGGAGUUUUACUGUGGAUUUCUACCAUUCAUGCAGAGAGCCACGAUACCAAAGAUGAGGAGAAGCUGCUGUGCGUCUGCGAGAAUGACAAAGGCACAUGCGAGAAUGGAACCUGCAGAGGAGACUCCUGCUUCUAUACCUGGGUGCACGGCAGAGAGGAAAAAGGAUGUUUUUCCAAGAUAAAUAUCAACGAGCAGUGCAAAGGCUUCUUCAAGGGCUUUUUUGUUCACUGCUGCCAGAUAAACAAGUGCAACGCCUUCAUCACACCACCUCCAAACAUUAAUGGGGAGCCAACAACAGUGCCUCCAGAAGUCUGGCGCCCAGAGAUGUGGAUCAAUGUGUCUUUGCUGAUCGUACUCACAACUGCAUGUGUGUGUGGCUUGGUGAUAUUUCUGCUCCUCCGACGGGGACCCUGCAGAGCAAAAGAUCCUGAAGACCAGGAUGCCACUAUGGUCAAAGUCCCCAGUGGAGAUGACCCCACAUAUGGUGAUAUGUAUGAUGUGUUUUGCACAUCUGGAAGUGGAACAGGACUUCCAUAUCUGGUCCAAAGGACUAUGGCUAGGCAGAUCUCCCUUGUCGAAUGUGUCGGUAAAGGCAGGUAUGGGGAAGUGUGGAGAGGAACAUGGAUGGGGGAGAGUGUAGCUGUCAAGAUUUUCUCAUCCAGGGAUGAGCAGUCCUGGUUCCGAGAGACAGAGAUCUACAACACUGUGCAGCUGCGCCAUGACAACAUACUGGGCUUUAUAGCCUCCGACAUGACGUCCAAGAACUCCAGCACCCAGUUGUGGCUCGUCACCCAUUUCCAUGAGCUGGGUUCGCUCUACGAUUUCCUGCAGUACACUAGCCUGGAGCCCGAGGGCUGCUUGAAGAUGUGCCUGUCAGUGGCCUGUGGCCUGGUCCACCUCCACACUGAGAUCGUCAGCUCCCAGGAAAAGCCAGCGAUCGCCCACAGAGACCUGAAGACUCGAAACAUCCUGGUGAAGCGGAAUGGGCAGUGCUGCAUCGCUGAUCUCGGUUUGGCUGUGAUCCAUUCUCAGUCUCAUGACUACCUGGAUGUGGGGAACAACCCUCGUGUGGGGACCAAGCGCUACAUGGCUCCAGAGGUGCUGGAUGAGACUAUUCGUCAGGAUCUGUUUGAGUCUUAUAAACAAACUGACAUCUGGGCUCUUGGCCUGGUCUUCUGGGAAAUAACCCGCAGGACUCUUGUCAACGGGAUUGUGGAAGAGUACCGUCCUCCGUUUUUUGACCUAGUGCCUUCAGAUCCCAGUUUUGAGGAGAUGAAAAAGGUGGUCUGUGUGGGCCAGCAGAGACCCAGUCUGCACAACAGACUCCACUCCCAUCCAAUCUUGUCGGCCAUUGUCAAAAUCAUGAAGGAGUGUUGGUACCAGAACCCAACAGCCCGCCUCACUGCACUGCGAGUGAGGAAGACUCUCUCCAAACUGGACGUUGACAGUGACUUCAAUAUCGAUAAACUCAAACGGGACAUCUAGACCAGAGCACGUGGAUGAAUCUGAGACACAUUCCAACAUAAAACAGGCAUAAUCAUUGCAUUUUUGGAGAUAUACUAAUGAUAUCAGUCUACACCAGUGAUAUGCAAUAACUCGCUAAGUAACCACUUCAUAUUAAUAACGUUUGACUUUAUGUAGACUGAACUGCAGCCAAUUCACUAGUUACUACGGAGUAUUUUUCCACACAUAGAACUUUACUCAUAAUUAUUUAAAGCUGCCACCAUAACAACCAAAUGGAAAGUCCAGCAUAGCACUCUUACUCUUAUCAAGAUCACUCUUCAUUUACAGAGUAAAAUGUCCUCCAGUGACCUCAGCUACUUAAAACCAGAUAUAGGAAUGUUUUGAUAAUUUUAUUAUAAAUGGCAGGAAAUAUGUUAGAAAAAAUUGGCACACAACAAAGCCCAUCACCUAUAAAGUUAACACAUUAAGUUAAGUAAAAUGAGCAUUUAUUAUCUACUGCACAAACACAUUGACGUAUUUAGUUGUAAAUAUUAAAAUAGCAUUGAAACCAUAUGGAUAUGGAUUCAGUAGCAAUUUACAAUAUGGAUUAUUGUAAAUAUGUGUUAAAGGGGAUAUUGUUUUCUGUUCAAACAUUAGACUUAUUUUAUAUACUUUUUUUUUUAUAACACAGCUUUUUAAAAUUAUUUUUUUACAUCUUUGUAGGCCAAAAAUGCACCAAUACAAUCACUAUACUUGCUUAAAUAACUCACAGAAAGACAUGUAAUAUUGUAUAUCUUGAAUAAAGGACUGUAUUUUUCAAAUGUU